AUGCAAUCCAAUUUGAUCCUGCUGGUCGGUGAUCACGGUAGCAGCAAGACAGCAGCAGUGUACACGGCAGCAGCAGAAGCAGGAUAUCAAAUUUUUGAAAUAAACCCAGGUGUCAAGCGGUCUGGGAAGGAUCUGGUAGCUUAUGUCGGGGAAAUGACUUCAAGUCAUUUGGUAACUCAUUUUAUGCGUCGGUUCACGGGUGCUGCGAAUGCCCCGUCUCCUGUUGCUACUGCGACCGAAGCACCUGAAAUUGACGUCAUCCACAUUGAUGAUGGGAGUUCGAGUCAGGGGAGCCAUCAAACUACAGCGGCGUCUACUGCAGCAGAAUCAGCAGCAUUCGAGACACAGCAACAGCAGGAGCAAGAACCAAAACAAAGUUUGGUUCUACUAGAAGAAGUAGACACGUUAUACGAAGACGACAAAGGAUUUUGGGCCUCAGUGAUCGAACUUGCACAAAAAAGUAAACGACCGAUUGUGCUGACUUGUAAUGAUCGGAACUUAAUUCCUACCGACAUGCUGUACUUACAAGGCACACUGAACUACAGGUGCCCGGAUAGCGAAGAGUUAAUGGCAUACUUGCACCUGCUGUGUUUCUCAGAAGGCUACCUUGUCCAUCCUGCCGAUCUGGCUGGACUUGUUGCCACCACAGGAUACGAUCUACGUCGGCUCAUCAAUACACUCGAGCUGUGGUGCACAGAAAACGACGACAGUGCCCGAUCUGCCCUCAUCGACGUUGGAAAAAGUGGCGAGGAUGAUGACGCUGAAGAUCCUGGCGUACUACUCUACGAAUGUGCUGAUCUUUUCGACCGGUACACAGGUAUCAAUGGCGCUGCUAACACUACUGGUGAUCAUAGUAAUGGUUUUGAUAGUACUAGCAGGAUUGAUCAGCAGCUAUUUCGUAUCCAGCAACCGACAUCCAAAUGCGGAGUCGACCUUGUCCGAUUCCAUGAGAAAUGUAUCGCGAACGAUGAUAAUUGUCAUGGAAACGAUACCAACAACAGCACCACCACCAAGAAAGGUGGCUAUACUAAUAGCCUUUUGGAAACCGUGGAACAAUUGAACCGAGCAUCAUGGGGGGACGUACUGAUGGGCACAUCCGCUCGGCGAAAUCGUCAGCUGCAUGAAUGCGACGAAUACGGUCCGUCUCAAGAUCAACUGCUUGGUUACACGACAAUGUGGAAACAUCCUACCGAUCUGGACCACUGGUCCUUGAGCGAAGACAUGCCAUCUUACUUUUGGGUUCAAGCGUAUGAAAGUAUCAGGGAUGACACAUGGCGCAAGGCUCUGUUGCCGACAGUAUGGGAAGAGCUUGUCAAGGAAAGAGCACUCGCGAUAGAUGAUUGUCUCUUUGGAGCAGGCGACUUGAUUUCAUGGCGUGCAUACCUGUCAGACACGGUGACAAUGAUGGACUACGUGCCACACAUCCGAAUGAUGUGCGACUAUGACCAAGGUGUGGCAAGUCGUAGACGCGCCCCGCGAACUCGGCGAAAACGGCGCUACUUACCACUAAGUGAUGAGCAAGUGGAUGCUGUACAGGAGAGCCCAGAGUAUCGGGACACAACACAUGAAUGGUGUGAAAAAAUACUGGAAUGGUCCAAGCGGUUCAGUGUUGUUGUUGUUAAUGAGAGUGGGAUUGGAUUCAAGGGCCACACGCCAGCAUCAUAACAAUCGAGCAACAAUA